AUGUCCGACACUCUGUCUACCUCAUCGCCGACCAGGAGCUAUCAGUCUUCAGGAUCGAUAGCAUUUGGUACCAAGGGAAUAUCUACUUCAAGACUGGAACCGAUAGACGAUGAGGGCGAGUGGCUUUCUUCUUGCCCAAACCCCAAGUUAUUUGCGAUGCCCAAUGCUUCUGCCUCUCGGGCGAUCCCCUCGACGCCCCCACCUCGUAGCCACCGCAGGGUUCGUCGAACCACGUCUUUCGGUAGCAGUCAAAUCCCCGGGAUUGAACGACUCAAAUACGACCAUAUUCCGGGAUAUCCUGGAAGUAUACCGUACGACGAGAAGUUAAGCAAGUGUCUGGUGAAGGGUGUGGACAUGCCGCCCAUGGAUAGUGGCCCCAUCACCGAUGCUGAGAUUUACGAAAUGUUCAAGCAACCAGUAAAGAAAUGCACUGUCGAAUAUGUUACCGACUCAGAAGACGAGGUCGAAGGGCCAUCAACAGGCGGGACGGAUGUGCCACCGACUUCGCCAAAGCCAAUGGCGAAGACAGGCCCAAGCAAGGAAGAAAAGGACAUCGCGAAGGACUAUCCCGGGAUGACCAUAGAGAACGCUAAAUACUACACCGAAAAAUACAGGAUUACACCGAAGUUAUCAACCCUCGAGGACCUCGAGAUCUUCCUGGCGAAGACGGGUCUCAUCCCACCUCUUCCCAUCAUGUCUCCGGUGUCGAUGGAGGAUGUCAAGGAGACCCUUGAGCAAAUCAAGAACCCCUCGCCGUACGGUCUCAAGAAACCUAUUCGACUUGACGCCCCAACUACGCCCACUAAGAAGAGGAGGUAUAAUUCCUAUGGCCGAAUCGACAUGCGACCGAGCAUUGGAAUCAAGUCGGCGUCGACGCCCAAGGAGGAGUCAACUCCGAAGACACCCUCUCGCCGCCAUUCAAGAGGGUCCAUGCCUUCUACUUCAGCCAGAAUCUCCGGCGGCUCGAAUGCCGCACCGAUGUGGCAUGUGCCUACGACGCCGGGGCGCGCGAGCUACGCGCAACAUCUCACGUCGCCGUCGUUGAUGCGCUCUCCUUUCCCAAUUCCCACUCAAGUUGGUGCCACUUCGACCUGUACGCCGUCUACGGGCUCGCGAGAUCCACCUCGCUCAAGUCCAGGAAAGAAGAGCCUCUCGAAAGAGGGGUGCUCUGACAUGGAUGUGGCAGCAAAAAAGAAGGCGACGUUCGUGAAGCACGAGACACAGUGGUAUGCCUUCGGAGACGUUUACCUCCAGGUAGGGAAGGUUCGCUUCAGGAUUCCGAAAGGCCCAUUUUCGAGGAGCUCGGAGUUAUUCAAAGCGCUCUUCGCCAGCUCGCGUAUGGUCGGUCAGGAGAAGUGCGAGGCUGAACAGAGCGCUGAUGCGAAGUUGGACGGCAUUCAGCGAAGGGUCGUGAACAGGGUUCUGGAAAAUGUUGAAGAAGAAGAAGGGAUGAGGCUUUACCGUCUGGAUCGCAUAAAGCAAAUUGACGCCGACGCGUUGGCGGAAUAUAUCCACCUCCAGGCGAGAUAUUUCGGCUUGCCGUAUGACAGCACUCCAAGCAAGGAUUGCAAGGUGUUAGCCAAGACCAUGAAGAUGGCCGAGUUUGUGGCCGACCAAGCGACGUUCGAAAUAGUAAAGAAGGCGUUGACGAAGCUUUUCUCUAACCGCUGGCAGGAGGUGACUGAAACCAAGGUCGCGAACGCGGAGUACGCUCUGCAUAUCGCACGCGCAUACGACAUCCCAGAAAUGAUACCUCGUGCCUUCUACGAGCUAGCACGCGAUGAGGACGCCCUUCCACACGACAAGUAUGGCACCACUGCAAUUCUUGACCAUCGCAACUGGGUCGAAGAAUUGCCCAUAGCACCGAAAGAAGAUGUCAUCAGAAUUCCGUCGAUCCUCUUCCAUUUGACAAAGGAGUGGCAGGCAAUUGCAGACUCAUUGGUGAAGGAGAAGAUGUGCAACGUGAAGAAUGGCGGCUGCGGCAAGGUACACAUGGUGAGCUUGCUCAUCGUGCAGGACCUUUGGGAGACAUAUUCGUUGGAUCCGCUGAAUGGGAUCAUGACGGUCAUUUAUAUGGACUGGGAAAAACCAACUUCUGCGACCGCGGUAUGGAGGAGUAUAUCAAUGGCUUGA